GUGUUUUGUUCAAUUGCCGUGGAGCAGCGCAGUCCAUACGCGCAGGGGAGGCGGCCCGGGCGGGCGCAGAAAAUCAGACAUGAUACACUGACAGCAUCUGGAAAUAAACUUUGGCAAUAAGAUGGAAGCAUAAAUCUCAAGACUUAAAACCAAACCAGAAAUGGCUCAUGAGUAUUGAAAGAAGAGACCAAAAAGCCUCCAACACUUCUGUGUGAGCAGUGGAAAAGGAGCAACUACCAUGGUAACACUAAUAACAGAAAAGCUGCAGAACCAGAGCUUGGAUGAUCUGACGUGUAAAACGUACAGUAUUAAUCUGUACUCAUCUGAGAAGCUGAACAAAAGUGGCAGCUUGUUCCCUUUCGAAAUCAAUGAAGAGAGUCCUUGGAAAGCUUUAAAUGGCGGUUACCCAAUCCAGACUGACACAACAAGGAAUUCAGCUUACCCUUUCCCAGUGUGCCCAUUUAGCACCAGCACUGCCAGUAAUGGUAGUCUGCAGUGGCAGCAGGAAUCUUCCAGUACAUCUAUGGUGUCCGGAUGGAUAAGUGAAUUAAACCUUAACGAAAACUCGGGUCAACCCUUGGCACCACCGACAAAACGCCAUUGCAGGUCCCUGUCUGAGCCAGAUGAGCUGGCUCGCUGUCGGUCCCCGUGGAAGCCUGGCAACUCAAAAGUUUGGACUCCUGUGUCAAAGAGACGGUGUAAUAGUGGCGGUAGCGCUACCUUGCAACGCUGCAACAGUCAUGGAAGUGCUACCUUACAGAGAAGCACAAGUAUCAGUCUGCCACAAAACAUACUGUCGCUCAAUAAUGUCUUCACUAUCACCAGCUUCAACACAUCACCAGUACCCAGACCUUCCUCUGCCAGCAGCGGGUUUGUGGACAGUAGCGAGGGCAGCACAAGCUCGAGUACCCGCUGGAAUUCUGGAGGCCCUUGUGACUUUAACCCAAGGCGCCGCCUCUCCCUCUCCCAGGAGCACAUCACCGAGACAGGAAAUCUCUUGCCUUCAGCCAACAGCACUCCCACCUCCACACCCGAGCUCAGCCGGCGUCAGGGCUUGUUGAGAUGCCGCUCUCAGCCUUGUGUUCUGAAUGAAAAGAAGAGCCGGCUAAAGCGCAGACGGGAGGAGGAUGUACGAUGGAACAGGCCAUCGUUAGACUUUUUUAAAAUGACACGGGAAAUACUGCAAACAGUACUGCUUGGCUGCUGUAACUGCUGUCAUACUUGGUAUUAUUUUUUUAUUCUGUUGUGGUAAAGUCUUUCCCAUCUUACGAAACAGACCUUGUAUUGUGCCUUCCAUGGGGCAUCAUUUGAUCUAUACUUAUUCAGAGUGGGGGUCAGGUCUAGUUUUGUGAUGAUAAUAUGGUUUGUAAUGCAUAUUAGUAGUUUUACCUUUAAGUUGUAGCAGGAUUAACUUGGUCCUUGAAGUUCGUGCUUGGAGACUGUAAAACUGAGGAUUAUAGAUGAGGAAACAAAGAGGAAUGGCAGGAUGUUGAAAUGCAUUUUUAGCAAACAGUCAUAUUUGUAAUAACCUCUAAUCUCUAAGAACAAACCUCAGUGGAACUGUUAGUGAACUAUGAACGCUGUUGUUAACACUCCCCUUCUAUACAUAAAUUCCAGACCAGUUGUAUUUAAAUUCUUUAAUUUAAUUCAUACCUACUUUGAUUUUUUUAUUCUCUCUCUGAAAAGGCUUUCUGUACACAGAGUAAGGCAUAGAAUGCCCUUUCUCUAACAACUAAAGGGCUUGAUUAUUACCAGUUUGCUUAAAAAGUGUUGUUUUAUGAAAAAAAAAAAUCAACUGUAAUGUUUUUGGUUUACUUCUCCAAUUUAAAUUUUAGGUGUUAGAAACCUGAAGACCACUAAGCAAGAUAUUCUGGACUGUUUCUCAGAGUUGAGUAUGCAUGAGUGACUGUUAGUGAUGCUUUUUCUCCCCUUGUAUUUUUUGUUUUAAUGUGCUUUUUAUCUCCUUUAGGAAGCUCAUUGAUCAACUAAAACCACUAGUUCCUAGUUGUUUCAUUUUGGUUUUAUCUUCUUGCUGUACUCCAUGCAGAAAACUUGCGACAGGUUCCUUUUAUAUGAAUGGGAACACUCUUUGUAUAAAGAAGUCUUGCCUAGGAGUGCUAAUCUGUCACAUAGGCUGUUUAAAUGUUGAUUCCUUGUUAUUUUUUUGUAUUCAAGAUACAGCUCUCAGAGUAUUUUAACUUGUACCAGGCUGCUUUCACCCUUCACUGACCAACUUGAGCUCAAAAUAAUUUGAGAUUUACUCAAAAAUAUUUGGAGAUUUAUGAUAAGCUUGUUCUUGUGUAACACUCCCCACCCAACUAGUUUCUGUUCCGCAACCUUCUUGGUUAGUCUUAAAUACUGCAGAAACGUCAAAAUCUCCCAAAAAGUAAUAGCUGUCAGAUGUAUAGCCAAGCUUAAGUCUCUUGUUGAAAGAGAUUAUAUAGGUUCCCAGGCUUCAACUUAGUGUAAACGGCAAGUGAAUAAAGCAGAAGUUGAUAUGUUUUGUUUAUCUUUAAGAUUAGCAUGUGAGCAUGGCUACCAAAGGUUUUAACUGAAACUGGAUUUUAUUGUUCAUUGCUAACAUGGUUUGCAUGUUAGGUUUGCUUAUUAGGAAACUGGGGUGACAAAUAAGGUUGUGAGAGUGAUUGCAUAACUUGCUAAUGGCUGAUUGUAUCACUUGAUCACUUACUUGAGUGUGUGCUCUGGAGCUGGUUCUCUAGCUCGCUCUUUCUUGUUGAUCCCUCCACAGUAUGUACAUUUAGAGAUCAGUUCCUGUGUGGAUUAUCCUUUUCCCAACUCUAAACCAGGUUCUUCUGAAGUAACCUUUCUGUGAACCUUUCCUACCUCUGACUCCUUUCUUAAAACACUACAACUUUUUUCUGCUUUGGGUCUGCUUUUGCUUUAUUCUGUCUCCUCUUACGGCUGUAUUGUGUGGGUGACUGCAGUCACUUGUUAUUCUUGUCCUACUAUGACCCUUCCAAGUGAUGAAUUCCUCAUGAUGCAGUUUGAUAGUGUGAUCUUGUGCUUUUCUAUAAAUGUGCCCAUGAUAUCAUUUCAAUCAAGUUCUUAUACUCCAGCCUUCCCUUAUGUGGCUGGUGCCACUCAACUUUAACUAGUGAAGUGCGUUAGCAUAAUGUACUUUUUUGGGCAUUUUUCCCCUCCUUUUAACCAGUCUUCAGAUGCAUUGUCUAUAGAUGGCCACCUUCACAUUUGUGCAGUUGAUUAGGUCUCAUGUCUGUGUGGAGUUCUUGGUAUUGCUGCACUAUGUCUGGAAAAAGUAAUAUAUGGUAAUUUAGCUGAGGUAGAUAUCAUAAGAGAGCUGGUUUGUGUGCCGCACUGAGGUGAAUAUGCCAGUGCUGUUAAAUACAUAAAACCAGAAGACUUAUAGUUCUUAUAAAACUAUCUGAUCAUGAUGACCACUGGAUGGAUCUUGAGGAGAAUAUUUAAAACACAACUGUUCUCUUUUGGACUUGUUUUUCUACUUUUGUAGAGUAUGCAAUGGAGGUGCAAAGCUUAAUUUAUGCUGUAUAGGCAGCUCAAGUUUGUUGCUGUUAGGUUUUUUUAAUACAGACUAUCUUUUGCAUUUUUAUGCCAAGCACUGUGUCAUAGUGUUGUUUUGAAGAACUAACCCUUUUCCUUUUGGGAUAAGGCGUAACUUCCAAGGCUAGUUGUGUCAUGCUGUUACAGGCCUCCUUGGACUGAAGUCAGGUCAUUUAGCUGCCUUGCCUAUCUUGCUUAUGGACAAGUGUUUUGAGCUGCUUUGAUUAUGUCAACAAGGGUAAGUAGAAUAUGUUAAGAGCUGGAAUUAAUUGCUGUGCUGAUCUGUGUGAUCUGUGUGGUCACACAGGGUGUGUGAUCUCUUCAGCUCUAAGUGGCUGAAGAUGUGCAAGGGCUGAGGUUUUUUCUGUGUAACUGUAUUCUGGUUUAGAUCUGUCUUUGGACAUCAGAAAUAGGCAAAUGCAAGAAAACGAAACCAGUACCAGUAAUUCAGAUAUGGUUCAGAGGCUUUUAAACUUCUUCAAGUCUCCACCCAAGAAACUUCCUGUGAGAUCAGUAGAAACAGAGAGAAGAUAAGGAGGUCCUAGAUUUUAGCUGGAUUAGUGCAGAAAACUCAUCUCUGUGGGGGUUUUGAUGUUCAGAAAGACUUCUUGAAUUCAGUGGUAUAUAAACAUACUAGAGAAAAUAACUUUCUUCAAACUUGUAUCUGUAAGACUACCUUAGUAUAAUUGACUGCUGUGGAUUUUUGGAUGAAAGACUAAAACUGGCUUACAAUAAAUGCAGCUGCAGUCCUGAUGUGAAAUGAGGUUUUGUUGCUGAAAGUGCAAGGUGAAGACUUGUGUGUAUGCAUGGAAGGGAAUUUCCAUUUUAAAAUGAGAAGUGCAAAAAGGGGAGUCUGCGGUAGAAGAAUUAUUUGGGAGUAGAUAGUAUCAAGAAGGCCUCUAAAGUUUGGGAGCUUUUUGGAGUGGUGGAAGGGAGAGCAUGGCAGGAAGGAUACUCAGUGCCUUGGGUUAGGAUUUUGAGUGUUUCUGGAA